AUGCAAACGCAGAGCAUGAUAGAGCCAUCGCUGGAUAAUAUUUCCAGUGUUUUUGAAUUUAGACUCUCCGGACUGAAUGAAACAAUGGAAAACAGAUAUGUGUUUUUCUCUUUGACUGCACUGUAUUAUCCCAUAAUGAUUUUGUGUAAUGUAGUUAUAAUUUUUACUGUCUUCUCAUAUGAGACGCUUCAUGAGCCAAUGUACAUAUUUCUGUGUAAUUUAUGUAUGAAUGCACUUUAUGGCACAGCUGGAUUCUACCCUAAAUUCAUGUAUGAUUUAUUAUCUCAAUAUCACGUAAUUUCCUAUGCUGGUUGCCUGAUCCAGAUAUUUGUCAUUUAUUCAUCUGUCUUAUGUGACUUUUCAACAUUAACAGUGAUGGCUUAUGACAGGUAUGUGGCAAUAUGUAGACCACUGGAGUAUCAUUCAAAAAUGACUAAGGAAAGGGUUCUUCAAUGUAUCUUGUUUUGCUGGGUGGCUCCAUUUUUUUGCCUGUCUGUUCUUAUUGCAUUAUUGUCAAGACUCACUCUUUGUGGCUCUAGUAUUGACAAGUUGUAUUGUGAAAUUUGGGGAGUUGCAAAACUUUCUUGUUUUUCUAAUACGGUCAAUAAUGUGUUUGGGUACAUUGUAAUUCUUUUGUACUUUGGUCAUGCUGUAUUGAUAUUUUGCUCAUAUAUUCAUUUGAUUAGAAAGUGCAGGAGGUCAGUGGAGAUCAGAUACAAAUUCAUACAGACAUGUGUACCACAUAUGCUUGCAUUGAUCAAUGUGACUGUUGCAUUUCUGUUCGAUGUACUUUACAGCCGCUAUGGCUCAAGAAGUUUGCCACAAAGUCUUCGUAACUUCAUGGCCAUGGAAUUCCUCCUCAUACCCCCUAUUUUAAAUCCCCUGAUUUAUGGACUAAAUCUCACAACAAUACGCAAACAAGUUAUUAGACUGUUUUUCAAGAAACAAGUGCAAACUUUUGAGUAA